AUGGAUCAGCAUCAACAGCAUCACGAUGGUGAAAGACCCGACGAGGAUGACAGGGGACACCGCAACAAUCAUGGACCACAAGCAAUCUUGCACCACUUGGACCCAGGUCGAAUGGAUCUGGAACAAGGUGAGAUUCUGAGAGCUUGGGCACUCAAGAACGCGGUGGAACAAGACCCAGAUACAAGCGCGCUGUCAGAUUACGAGCUGGUUCAGAUUGCACUAGUCACAACGGAUGUAGACGAGGCAAUGGAGAAGGUCCAAAUGCUGCAUCAGUUUCGAAAAGAGUACAAUAUUGUGGAGUCUGUAGAUCAUGCUCGUUUCUGCAUCCAAGAGGUCAUGAGACUCUUUCCGGGAUACUUGCUCUCUUUUACUUUUUUCCGGGAGGGAGACAUGCACAGUGGCCACUACGGUUUGGUGCAAGAUGCCACAAAGCUCAAUGCCAAGUUGAUACCCAAAUCUGGUGGUCCUGCCAUGAACAUGCUGCUGGCCACUGCUUACUUUUGCUUCCAAGCCAUGAAUCCUGAUUUUGAAGCAGUGCGUCGAGGGGUCGUCUCAUUGUUGGAGUGUGAAAACUUUGAUUGGAAGCAGCACGUUACCUUUGGAGGAGUCAAACAAAUGUACUUGGACUUUUUCAUGCACUACCCUACAAAGUGGCACCAAGCCAGAAACUACCAUACAGGAGUACUCUUCAACUUACUGGCGAGCAUGUGUCGGCCCUUUCAAACCGAGGACCUUCGCGAAAGCUGGCAAAUCGGCUGUAUGUCCCCCGGUGGUCGAUUGGACACUAUCUUUUUGCAACCAAACUUGCAGGCAGCGAAUGAACGAUUCAUACACCGUGUUGCAAAUAUACUUGAGUUGCGGUACAACCAUGAAGCAUCUUUUGUUCUGCCGCCACUGGUCAAUCAGCCGGCUGCAGGAUGA